AAAGUGCAAGAGUUUUUUUAGGUACUGUCAGGUAAGCAGAUCACAGAGCACAAAAAAGAAAAAAAAAUGAAUUGCCUGUAUGGCACAUGAAUUUAUGAUAAAUGUGUGAUGUUUUAAGUGCUUGUGGGGUAUUACUCUAUUUUCAUUAGUACAAAUAUUUAAUAGCCUCAUUUAGAAAAUAUAGAGAAAAGUUGUUGGUUCAUGCAUUCUGUUCUUAAAGGAGUUUCUCUACCCUUUUAAGUAUUUCUCAGAGUUCAUUUCAUUCAUAUAAGUUAUGCUUAACAUUACUUUAAAAGUAUAGGUAUGAAAAGAACUGGAAUGAAAAAUCUGUUGCUUUUACUUUUUUCCCCUUGGACCACAUUUUGUAACUAUUUUAAUAAUUUUCUGUCCUAGAAAUCGCUCAGUAAUUUCUUUGAAAAUGCAUAAAUUAUUAUUUAUGAGUGAGGAGCUUCCCUCAUGUUAUACGAGACACUGCCAGAUAAUAAAAAUUUAUGAUGUUUAGUGGAGGUGUUGUCCUGGAGAGGAGGACUGGUUACAGAAAGGACCAUAGAGGGAGACUUGUCCUUUCAGGAUCUCUCCAGUGUGAAUUCCAUUCUGGAUCAUAGAGGCUUUAGUAAGAGUCAGGGUAGUUACUUGAGAAUGCUAAGCAAAUAGAAAAUAAACAAUUUUUUCCAUAACUUUCAUUUUAUAGUUUGAUGAUUUGGUAAGUUUAGGCAAAUGAACAGGCAAGUAAAUAAACAAAUAUCCCCUUAGAGGUAAUUUUGGCUGAACAAAUACCUUAUGUUUUCAAUGCUCCAUCAUCUCUGCCAGUUUAGAGACGGUGGUGGGGAUGGAACAGGGCGAUAACUUUAGUCAGACACUAGCUAUAGAAAAUGGCUCACAACCACAGGUGGACAAUUUGUAUUUGGAUAACUAGGCAUAUACUUUAUGUCCUGAGUUUGGUUUGGUCAUUUAUAGUGAGUUUUACACACAGUCCUUUAGUGGAACAUUUAGGCCUGGUUCAAAAAUUAUCAGUGAAUUGCUGUCUAGUUCAGCUAAAACAUGUUUUUGUUUUAUGAUUAGUGAUCAGAAUGCCAUGUCAUCUAGUCGGGCACAGCAAAUGCAUGCCUUUUCCUGGAUUCGGAAUACCCUAGAGGAGCACCCUGAGACUUCACUGCCCAAACAGGAAGUCUAUGAUGAGUACAAUUGGAAGGAGCUGAACCUUCUGGGCAGCUUCAAAAUAUUGAUGAGGAAGUUAUCACUUCUGCUUGCCGUCUUGUGUGUGAAUGGGCCCAGAAAGUGUUAAGCCAGCCAUUUGACACGGUCUUGGAAUUAGCCCGCUUCCUUGUAAAAAGUCACUAUAUAGGCACCAAGUCGAUGGCAGCUCUAACUGUAAUGGCCGCAGCACCACCAGGAAUUAAAGGAAUUACCCAGCCUUCUGCUUUUAUACCUACAGCUGAAAGUAAUUCCUUUCAGCCUCAAGUGAAGACUCUGCCAUCUCCUAUUGACGCUAAACAGCAAUUGCAACGGAAAAUCCAAAAGAAACAACAAGAACAGAAACUACAAUCCCCUUUGCCAGGAGAAUCCUCAGCAAAAAAAUCAGAAGGCGCUACAACCAAUGGAGUGACUAGUCUUUCUAAUGGAAAUCCUGCAAUCCUCUCUCCUCAGCCUAUUGGUAUCGUUGUGGCAGCUGUCCCUAGUCCCAUUCCGGUCCAACGGACCAGGCAACUGGUAACUUCACCAAGUCCAAUGAGUUCUUCUGACGGCAAAGUUCUUCCCCUCAAUGUACAGGUGGUCACCCAGCACAUGCAGUCUGUGAAGCAGGCACCAAAGACUCCUCAGCACGUCCCAGCCAGUCCUGGGGGGGAUCGCUCUGCCCGGCACCGCUACCCUCAGAUAUUACCCAAACCAGCCAACACCAGUGCCCUCACCAUCCGCUCUCCAACUACUGUCCUCUUUACUAGUAGUCCCAUCAAAACCGCUGUUGUACCCACGUCACACGUGAGUUCUCUAAAUGUGGUGAAAAUGACAGCAAUAUCCCUCACACCCAGCAACAGUAGUGCCCCUCUGAAACAUUCUGCCUCAGUAAACAGUGCUGCAGCGACAACGGAAGAAUCAAGGACCAUUCCACAGAUCAAGAAUGGUUCUGUUGUUUCACUUCAGUCUCCUGGAUCCAGGACCAGCAGCACCGGGGGACCAUCUGCUGUGGAAGUCAAAAUGGAACCUGAGAUGUCAUCAGAUGAGCAUCCCGUACAGUGCCAAGAGAACUCUGAUGGGGCUGACGUGCCCAAAACAACACCUAGUGCCCUCUCAGGGCAGAAAAGUAAUACAGAGGGAGUAGUGCAAAAACCUUCAAAUGAAGGUGUUAAUGAAAUAAAAGCAACUAAGGUCUGUGACCAGAGGACCAAAUGUAAAAAUCGCUGUAAUGAAAUUCUGCCAGGCACUUCAACAGGCAAUAAUCAAAGCACUAUCACUCUCUCAGUUGCCACUCAGAACUUAACUUUCACCAGCACCAGCUCACCAUCUAAUGGUGACUCAAUAAAUAAAGACCCUAAAUUAUGCACUAAAAGUCCAAGAAAGCGGCUGUCUUCUGCAUUGCAAGAGUCCCAGGUGCCUCCUGUAAAGAAACCAAUUGUGGAACAGCUUUCUGCAGUUAUCUCAGAAGGUCAGAAACCAGGCAGUGUUAAGAAGGACCAAAAGGUUCCACAUUCAGGGAAAACGGAAAGUUCAGCAGCAGGUUCUCAGAUUCCUAGCAAGGUAUCAACAAAUGUUAACUCACACGUAGUGGCAAGUCAUCCUCAGCAAGUGAAUUCCUCUGCUCUUGUUACCAGUGAUUUAGCUUCAGAACAGCAAACCACACCAUCAUCAUCUCCAGAUAUAAAAGUAAAGCUUGAAGGCAGUGUCUUUCUCUUGGACAGUGAUUCAAAAUCGCAUGGCAGCUUUAAUCCAAAUGAAUGGCAACAGGUCACUAAGGAUUCUGAGUUUCUAUCUGCCGGCUGUGAACAACAGCAAGAUAUCAGUGUCAUGACAGUUCCUGAGCACUCUGAUAUCAAUGACUUAGAGAAGUCUGUUUGGGAAUUAGAAGGAAUGCCACAGGACACGUAUUCCCAGCAACUACACAGCCAGAUACAAGAAUCUUCUUUGAGUCAAAUGCAAGCACAGUCUUCAGAUCAGUUACCUCUACAGUCCGAACUGAAGGAGUUCGAGCCUUCUGUUUCCCAAGCAAAUGAAAGCUACUUUCCUUUCGAUGAGGAGCUUACACAGGACAGUAUUGUAGAGGAGCUGGUACUCAUGGAGCAGCAGAUGUCAAUGAACAAUUCCCAUGCUUACGGUAACUGUUUGGGAAUGACCCUUCAGAGUCAGUCUGUGACUCCAGGCGCUCCAGCGUCAUCUCACGCCCCCAGCACCCACUUCUAUCACCCCAUCCAUAGCAAUGGCACUCCGAUCCCCACCCCCACCCCGACCCCCACCCCGACCCCGACCCCCACCCCCACCCCCACCCCUACAUCUGAAGUGGUUGCUGGGUCUCAGAGCCUGUCACGGGAGAGCCCUUGCUCCAGGUUGGCCCAGACCACGCCCGUGGAUAGUGCUUUAGGAAGUAGCCGACAUACACCCAUCGGUACUCCCCAUUCUAACUGCAGCAGUAGUGUCCCUCCCAGCCCCGUGGAAUGCAGGAAUCCAUUUGCAUUUACCCCAAUAAGCUCCAGUAUGGCGUAUCAUGACGCCAGCAUUGUCUCAAGUAGUCCUGUGAAACCGAUGCAGAGACCCAUGGCCACACACCCCGACAAAACCAAGCUUGAAUGGAUGAAUAAUGGGUAUAGUGGGGUUGGUAAUUCAUCCGUUUCUGGCCAUGGCAUUCUCCCAAGCUAUCAGGAACUAGUGGAAGACCGUUUCAGGAAACCUCAUGCUUUUGCUGUGCCUGGACAGUCCUACCAGUCUCAAUCCAGACAUCAUGACACUCAUUUUGGUCGUCUGACUCCUGUCUCUCCUGUGCAGCAUCAAGGUGCCACUGUAAGUAACACCAACAAACAGGAGGGCUUUGCGGUCCCUGCCCCUCUUGAUAAUAAAGGAACUAACUCUUCGGCCAGCAGCAACUUCCGGUGCCGAAGCGUGAGCCCUGCUGUUCAUCGCCAACGUAAUCUUAGUGGAAGCACCCUCUACCCGGUAUCUAAUAUCCCCCGAUCUAAUGUGACCCCCUUUGGAAGUCCAGUAACCCCUGAAGUUCAUAUUUUCACAAACGUUCACACGGAUGCAUGUGCCAACAACAUAGCUCAAAGAAGUCAGUCGGUUCCAUUGACAGUCAUGAUGCAAACAGCCUUCCCAAAUGCUCUUCAGAAGCAAACAAACAGUAAAAAAAUAACCAAUGUUUUGUUGAGUAAACUUGAUUCUGACAAUGAUGAUGCAGUGAGAGGUUUGGGCAUGAACAACCUGCCCUCCAAUUAUACAGCCCGGAUGAAUCUCACUCAGAUUUUGGAAACUUCCACUGUCUUUCCUAGUGCCAAUCCGCAGAAUAUGAUCGAUUCCAGCACUUCUAUUUAUGAAUUCCAAGCACCAUCUUACCUCACCAAAAGUAAUAGCACCGAUCAGAUCAGUUUUUCUCCUGGCGAUAAUCAAGCACAAUCAGAAAUUGGAGAGCAACAAUUAGAUUUCAGUAGCACUGUUAAAGACCUGUUGAGUGGAGACAGCUUGCAAACCAACCAGCAGCUGGUAGGUCAGGUAGCAUCUGAUCUCACUAAUCCUGCAUCUGAUUUUUCUAGCGACAUCAGGUUGUCUUCUGAGCUCUCAGGCAGCAUCAAUGAUUUGAACGCUUUAGAUCCAAAUCUACUGUUUGAUCCAGGUCGUCAGCAGGGACAAGAUGAUGAAGCUACACUGGAAGAAUUAAAGAAUGACCCAUUAUUUCAACAAAUUUGCAGUGAAUCCAUGAGCUCUAUGACUUCAUCAGGUUUUGAAUGGAUAGAAAGCAAGGACCACCCUACUGUUGAAAUGUUGGGUUAAAUUGUAUUUUAUAAUAUGUAGCACACUGUAUCGAAAGACAUAUGUAUUGUAUUUGUCUUAAUGGAAGUGCCUCCCGCAGCAGAAACACUUACUAUUAAUUGUGACAUUUUAAGAGUUUGCUGCAGAAGCGGUUUCUUCUUCAGUAGGAAAUGGUUAGACUCGCCUCAGCUCUUAACAAGUUUCUGAAGAGAGUAGGCUGUAGAAAAACAAAUAUUAGGUUUUCAAUUUUAUAAUGUUCCCCAUUUAAUCACAUUGUUUGCUAGUAAGCAAAAGAAUAACCAGCUUUUACGAGAGCAGUCUAGAUCUUUAUUUUGUAUAAGUUUAUUUUAAUUCAUUGGUUGAUCUGCACAGAUUUUAGAGGAAACCAUUGAUUUUAGGUAUAGGAUAUUUUUUGUUGUUGGCAUUAUCAUUUAGAUAUGAAAUCAUAGUUAAGGUGAACUGUAGACAAGAAGGUCUUCCUUGAACAGGGAUAAUAUUCAGGUUAUUAUAAAUAUUUAGGCUUGAAGCAUAGAGCUACUGUAGAAUGAAAAAAAAAUCUCUGUAGGACUUUCUGGGACUUCAGUACCAUUUGCACCUGCAACGAAGGGCUUAAAUAGGAGAAGAUAAUGGAAAAUUAAAUAUUAAUGUAAGGAAAGCAAAAGCUGCGCUAAAAUAUUUAAAAGGAAAAAACUAGUAGCCAUUUAUAUUUGUGACCUUGCAUUAGUCUUCUUUUAAAAUGUUGAUUUUAACAUGGAGCUUACACAGAGACAUGCCCGCACGUGCACACACACACAAACAAAACAAGUACAUAAUUCCAAACAUUGUAAUUUAAUAGAAUAAAUAAAAGCAUGUUAGAAGAAUAUUUUAUGUUUUAUUAUUUGGUAGUUGAGAUAGGGGAAUUUAGAAGGAAACUAAAAGCAUUUUCUUAGUUUCAUCACAGUAUGUCUGCAUGCACAUAUUAAAAUUCUAUUUAAGAUUUAUUUUGAAGGGUUUUAAUUAUAAGUCCUCGAUUUAGUGACUGACUCCUUCACUGCUCCUGAAUAUAGAAAUGCAAUUUGAUCAUGGGAAUCCCUUUGAAAGACAAAUAAGCAGGAGAGAACAUAAAAAACUAAACAGAAAACAUUUCACCACCUGAGGUCUGAAGUCACAAAUCUUUGUAUCUCUGUUAAAACAAAGGGGAUAUCAAUAGUACUUGAAGAAGAGGAGCAUUUUAUAACAUGCUUAAUUUUGAUUUAUUGUGAUAACCACAAUUGCAAAAGAAGCACUCAGGAUUUGUUUUAAAAUGUUUCUCUCUGUGGCUCCCAUUUUGUUUUGUGAAUAAUUAUUUAUGAAUUUCAUGCUGACACAAAUCUUCUCAUUAGUUGACAGCUCCAUUUAAGUGAGCUUCAAGAUCAGUUUCAAAUAGACUUAAAAAUUGCCAUUAUGUUUUUAAGGCUAACAUUAAACCAUUUCUAUGCUACCUUGAGCCUAGCUAAGCUUUCCUUUACCUUAAUUAGUAAGCCAAUCAGAAGACUACAAUCCAUGAAUAUUUAACAAAUGUGAUGAAGGGUUUAAUUUAAUAAGAUUUCAUUGUUCAAUAAAUUUGCAAAGUAGGGUAUUAACAUUUUGAUAAAUAAAUGGUGCUAGGUUUGGCUCAGAGGUUUAUAUAUUGAUAUGUCCUAGUUAUUGGCAUUUGUGUGUGUUUGCUGUUAUCUUGAUUUAAUGAUCUGUUAGAUUUUCUUUCUUGAUGCUAGUUAUUUCUUCACUGUACAUUGAGACACAGCACUACUGCACACCAAAGUAUGCAAUACCCAAAGGAAACUGUGUGAUUUCUUUUAACAAAUGAUGGGAGCCUUUCUACAUGAGAUACUCUGAAAAGGAGAUUUUGAGGCCAUUCUAAUCCCUUGUUUACAUUAUUAACUUCCUACUAAUACAAAAAUAAUGGAAAUCUUUUUUGAUAAAAAUAUAAAGACUGGAGGAUUUUUAACCCCCUGUACAGUAUUGCAGCAAACACUUUAAAUUUGGUUGAAUUCGUCCAGCAAACUUUCUGGGGUUCAUAUAUUGCACUAAAUUUGUUGAACCUGUGGUAGGCACAUCUCUUAGGAUAAAUGCAACCAAUACAGUCCACAGAUUAAACUUUUUAAAUGUGUUUCAUUAUGAAAAGACAAAAUGUCAUCAAAGUGACAGAUAAAAUUGUCUUAUGUAGCAAUGUGCAUUAAUCUCAAUGAGAUAUUUCUAUUUCUUAUUCUCUUACAUGAGAAUAUUACAGCAGGAAAAGUUAAGUUUAGUUUGCUUCACCAUGUUAAUACAUGAUCACAAAAUGUGCAUGAGUGUUAUUGACUUAUCUUGUACAGUACUAGGUAUUCCUGUAACCACUUUUUUUUUUUUCCUUGGCUGUACUGAAACUGGUUCAUUGUUAACCAGACAAGCAUAGUUAUUCACAAGUUAUUUGCUUUUUUAUGUUUACUAAUUCUGCUUAGUUAUUGUUGAAUAUGUUCUUUUCUCAGAUUAUUUUCAUUGUUUUGAUGUUUUAAACAUUUUGCAUACUGUUUAUCAUGAUAAGACUUCAUGAAGUAAAUAAUUUUGCAUAUAAUUGCAAUAAGCACUGACUUUUGAACUGAAAAGAAGGAAAGUGUUUUUUUGUGCAGUGCAUCAGAGGUUCAUAUAACAGUCUUGUACUAUAAUGUGUUUUACUACACCAUAAAUGACAAAAACAAGCCCUGUUUCAUGUUUUCAUUUAGUGCAAAAAUUCAAGAUUUCCCCAGUGUUUUGUUGUCUGUUGUACCUGCUGAAACUACAGUAGUUGAAUAUUGCAGUAGCAUUUCAGUUCUCUUUUUUUAUUGAAAGUGCUCAAAAAUUGUUUUUUAAAUGUUUUCAAAAACAAUUAAAAACAUUUUAUAUUAAA